ACAUCUUUUCCGUCUCUUUUGACCCAAAUAACAAAACCCAGACUCGCAACGUUUUUGUGAUGGGGAAAGAAAAGAUGGACGGAAUUGAUGCAGUAUUAUUUGAUGAUGAUGAUAACGAAGAAUUCAGAAAAUCAUACGAAAGAGUCAGAAAACUUUCAUCGGAAAAGCAAAAGGGCGUUGCCAAAACUUUUCCAGAGGUAAUUGCUUCCCUAAUUAGUGAUUCAACCCUUGAUAAUGAUAAUCCAAUUUCUGUAUCUGAUGAAUCACAAGUUGUCUUCACAGAGAUGGGAGAUUUUGUCUGGGGUCUUCAGUUUGAUAAAUUAGAACCUAGUGUUGAUGUGCUACCAAAACAGAAAGAGGAACUUUCUGUAAAAGAGGAGAAAUUUGAAAUUAAACCAGAUAAGACGAUACGUGAAGUUCCAAUAGGGAAGGGUUUGUCAGAGGCACUCAGAUUUUUGAGAGAAAGAGGUUCACUUAAGGAGGGAGAUAUUGAAUUGGCUGGUCGAAACACCGAUAAGAAGAAAAACAAGCUCGUUAGCGUUCGUUGUGGUGAUGAGAAAGUGGGAAAAGAGAUACACAUUAACAGGACUGAUGAAUUUGGGCGAAAUCUAACUCCAAAGGAGUCUUUUCGGUUAUUUUCACAUCAAUUUCAUGGGAAGGGGCCAGAAAAGAAGAAGCAACAGAAACGUAUACGGCAACACCAGAAGGAACUGAAGAUGAAAAAUCCAUUACUAUCUGUGGAGAGGAUGACAAAAUCUCAGGCGCAACUUAAAACUCCACAUCUUGUUCUAAGUGGACAUAUUCAACCAGGGCUUGCUACAGCUGACAAGGGCAUGCUUGGUGAUAAGAAGGUUGGACAUUUUUCGGGCAUAAAACGCAAGUCUGAUUCAGGACAAUAUUCGCGCUGCCAUAAAUUCCGCAAUGUAUGAUUUACAACUUUCAAGUAAGUGUAGUUUAGUUGCUUCUUCUUUAGAUCACCUGAACUUUUACAAUUGUAUCUAAUCAAUUUGGCAUGUCAUCCCAUGUUACAUUUUGGAUAUUUCUUUUCCUUGGGUUGUUUAUUCGAUUCUGUUCUACGUCAUUGCCAUGUUGUACUUCCAAAUAAUCUCUAAUAUCAUUGAUCUUCUUAUAUAUAUGGAGGUAUUUAUGUUGGCAAAAAGGAAAAUGGUGGCCUGCGUGAUUUCAAGUUUAUCUCUCAACCAUAUUACCUCUAAGUCAUCCCUUUAUUUGAUCUUUUUGCUUGUGAGCUAUACUGUCGGACAGAUCAUAUACUAAAAAAACAAAAAAAGAUACACUCGAUGGUCAUAAAACUCAUGAGUACUAUUGUGUGAAAAUUGUCAAAUUGUUCUUAAUGUAGUUGUUCACAUCCAUGAUGUCGAGUUCUGUCAACAAUAUCAACUUUGUAUCAGAAUACAGUGAAAAAAUGAACGAAGCACUUGUCGAAGUUAAUUGACAUUCAGAUGACUACAGAAAGAAUUGUGUCCUUGCGACUAUUUUAAAAGAAUCUCUCGAUAUGUUUUUCGUUGAGAUAAAUUUAUUUAACUUACUGUAAUCCUAUUAUAUGUACACUCAUGCAUAUUAUCUUAGUUUUUUCUCCAGAGUUUUACUCAAAAUUUGCCUGCGGUCCUUUCACUCUAAGAGUAAGCUUAGUUAGCACUCUAUUAUUGAAGUUAAUAUUGGAAACUUACAGGCAAUUCUAACAUUUAGGAUAGACCAAAAAACCAAUAGAUUAUUCUAAGAAAUUACAUAUAAUAGCUUCAUCUUUACAAUCUGGAACGGCAGAUUUAGUUGAAUGCCUCAAGGCACUCAAAGAAUGCAGAACAAGAAGAGGAUCUCCUAGGAGUUAUUGACUUAUUUCCUUUUUCUAUACAGGUAUAUAGUAUGACUGUUUUUUGUGUUUAUCUUUGUCUAAUGAAUGAUGUCCAAUUUACUUGUGAUUUCAUCGUGGAAUGCUUUGAUCUUUAUCCUCUGCUAUCUCAUUUAAGGCACCAUCUGUAUGAAUUAUACAUCAAAGUUCCAUUCGAAAAUCCUUUUUUGGGGGGGUUUACGUGGUGACCAAGUUUGAUCCUGUGAGUUUGGGUGGAGAAGAAAGUCAUAACUCAUAACUUCUAUUAUUAUUUUCAAGAACAAAUUGCAGCACAUCUUCUGUGCUAUCCAGUGUAUAGUUUUAUCCAAGUUCAAUUUGAAUUAGUGUAGUCCUAUCCUAUCUCAUCACCAACCCUUCAGCGUUCCCAUAUUUUUAUCAUAUCUUGAUUUAUAUAUCAUCCUUCACAAUUACAUAAGCACCCAUCUUUCAUUUAAAGUGAAAGAUUAGUCAUGACAGGAGAAUGAAAUCUUGCACAAGAUGAAGGUUAGUGAUCUGAAUAAUUUUGUUCCUUGUUUUGAUUGCUUAAGCUGUUUUUAUAUGCUUAACCGUAUUACUGAAUGAUACAGGGUAUACGUGUCAAGUGUGUGUGUAUGUAUUUGAGUGGAAAAAGGCCCAUUUUGUGUUGAUCUCAAUGUUAUGUUUCGUGGGUCAUUGAGUUCUUGUUGAAUUUAUAAGAAGAAUCAAUAUCAGUGGAAUAAAUUUGAAUAUCUUGAUGUAGUUUUAGAUAAUAGCAGCAAAUCUGUACUGAAUUCUCUGGUGUAUGCAAUUAAACAUGAGUGGAAAUAACCUAUUUGUACGGUCAAACGUUAAAUUGAGGCAAACAUGUGUAAGCAUCUCUGUAUUUGUGCUAUUUCACAUUCGCAUUCACUCAAAUAUAGCACAAGUUUGACAAGGAGGGAAGGAGUUACAUUUUACGUUGGCGGAGAGUGAUGUGAUCAAGUGGUGUAAGCUGUGCUGCUACCAGCAAUGGGGUCUUGAAGUUAAGCUCUAAAUGGCAUGUUGAUUGUAUUUAAAAUCAUUUGAUCUUGUAUAAUUCACAGUGAGGUGUACUGCAAAUGCCUCUUUUGAUUGAUUAUGCUCUGGAAAAUAAUACUAUGAAUGUUCACCGUUUCUCUUU